AUGGAUAUUAGUGCACAUUUACGGAUAUUUGAGGAGAAUUUGACCAGCUAUUCUGGAGACGACCCUCUGGAUCCAUGGGACAAGUUCGUCGAGUUUUUAGAGAGCAGAUUACCUCCAGAGGAAAAGAAAAGCUUGUCUGUCGUGGUAGACCGCUUGGUGCAGAAGUUUCUACAAGAGGAGCGCUAUUACAAUGACAUACGAUAUGUUAAUCAUUGCAUCAAAUGUGCGAGUUAUUACAGUGAUCCAAUCAAAGUGUACAGCUAUGUGCACAGUCAAGGCAUUGGGACCCGUGCUGCUUCUCUCUAUAUCGCUUGGGCCAGGCAGUUUGAGGAGAGUGGGCUUUUGUCUCAAGCUGAGGCUGUGUAUCAGAGAGCUGUGGAAAACCAGGCUGAGCCGAUAGGUGUUGUGCAUCAGCAGUACAGAAUCUCCAAGUCUGAGGUUAAUCUGUCUAAGCCACCCAUUAAAAGCACUGUGGAAAAUGUACAGUUUGUAUCCAUGUACUGUGUGAAUCACCUCGUCUGUGAGGGCUCUGAGUUGUGCUUUGAAGAACUUCGGGCAAGGCGAUACUUUGCAAAGUGUAAGCAGCAGGAAGAGCUAAGAAAACUAGAGGAGAUACGGCAGAGAGUACAGGCAGAGGAGGAAGAGGUGAGACAGAUGAAUAAACUCCUGGAAGAGCUUGGGAACAAGAUCAGCAUUAAACCAACAGAGGGGGCAACUUCCAAACUAGUGUCACAGGAGCAGCCCAAGCCAGUGUCAGUGGUGAACUCUGAAUCUCUCCAGCAGGAUGCGAGCCAUUCUUCAAACAGCCAGCUCCCACUGAGGCAGAGAUCCAUGCCAGGCCUGAGGCUGGGCUCGGACCCUCUGGCCAGGAGAGAACCCUCGGUGAACAUUGCCAGAAAGUCUCAUCUCUUCCAGGGCAGCUUCACUGCCGACCACUCCUUCAGCUCAGAAAGGCAACUGCCUUCUUCUGUAGAACCAGGGCCUGCUCAGGACCCACAGUCCACCCGACACAAUCCUAACAUCUCUUACAAAAUGGCAUCAGGGCCUCAGGCACCCAGUGGAUCUCAGAUCUCACCAUCACAGUCCUUGAGUUGCUCUGUGCAGGCUGUACAAACCUCAGUGAUAGAGUCCCAGUCAAAUGGAAACCAUGGACCAGGCGCCACAUUUCAUCCAGAGUGCCAAAAGGCACUCCACUCUGACUCUGCUGGUAAAGGGCAAGGGCAUGCCAGUCAUUCUCUCCUGAACAACUCUGUAAACAUGCUCAACAGCAGUGUCCACCAGAGCCUUUCACUAAAACAAAUUGAUGUACCUGAAAAUGAGGCGCCAGAAAAUGAGACCAACAGAGAUGUAUCACACAGUGGGCUUGGUAACCUCUCCCACGUCACCCCUAAUACAUCUCUGGGACUGAUCCAAGCCACCCCAUCACGAGUUCUCCCCUCACCUACAGUCAAUACACGAGAGGCACUUGAUGUGAUCAUGGAUAUGUUCCAGGCUCCUACAUUCCUGCAGGACAACCUGUUCAAUGGCACAGUGCAGCAGGCUGAGGACAGCUUUGAGGCCAGCUGUCGUGUUACUGGCAAGUUCUCUGACAGUGUUGUCCCACCAGAAACCAAAUCAGCACGGGCCCUUGUGGAAAUUCCUUUAUCCAAGCCAAAUGAGACUUCCCAGGGCAUGGAGUCAGUGCCUGACGAGAGUGCAGUGUGGGGAGCUCGCUACACCUCCAUGGCACCUUGUCCUAACCACACAACUGAUUUUGCCAUGUCAGCUCAUCUGGCAUCCACUCCUUUUCACCAUAACGCUCCGCACUCAUGGGAAUUUGAGCCAGACGAAGAUAAUAUGCAUCCCAGAGGAUUCUGUGGACCGGAGGAGAACCCUUUCAUGCGCCAGCCAACUAAACUAAGCCCAAUCAUGGAGCAAAGUCCGUCUGAGGAGAAGCAGUGCGAGGGAGCAGAGUGUACUCUGAGAGCUCAGGGCACUAUUGUUGGUGAGGGACUUUCUUUGGUUCAGCAGAGCCACAGUCAGACCACCUGCAGUAUCAGCAAGCAUCCGCUGGCCGCUCUGUCCUUUCCAGACAACACAGUCACUCAAAGUGAGGAAGAGCCUUCUAGAAGCUUGGUCACAGGUGUUAGGCCCGGCUGGAGUAUCUAUAAGAGCCCAGAGCAUGACUCCAAGUUACACCAGCCCUGUUCAAACACCACCGAGCCAAUGAUGGUUGCGGCCGAGUUUGUAGAUCAAGAGGAGGUGCCAGUAGCUGACCGUCUUCUCCCAAGGAGAUCUUUCCAUAGACGAGAUGCAAAAGGAGGACUGUCUGAAAGCCGAAACGAUGCUGGUUUGGCCAACUGUGACGUCGCAGCGAGCCCUAAACCAGCAGAAAAACCCACACUUGAUGUUCCUAUGAGUCCGGAUUCUGCUCCUGCACUUGGCUGGUUUUGCGCCACUAGCCCAAUGCAUGUAACCGAACCUGACCUGGAUGUGUUUGCAACGCCCCAAAAGGUCAAAGUGGACCAGUGCCUUUCGAGAAGUAUCGUGUGUUCAGCAGUGGAUGUCCCAAUGAGUCCUGUUCCCAGAACACAAGAACUGGAUCUAGCCUUACCCAUGAGUCCAGACCAGACAUCUGUGUCCCACUCAGCUACUCCAGCUGUGGAGCUGGUGCCCGACCCCUGGGAUGAAGACCUCAUUUGCUCUCUGCUGUCCAAACUGCAAACCCCACUGUCUGCUUACCCAAACUUCUCCAGCUGGAACUGCAAUGUCCCCAAUAUCGUGCCCAAGAUGACUGUUCAAAUGGCUGAGGAGUCACUGCGGGUCGACUUUGUACUUGGACAGGGUGCUUUUGCCACCGUGUACCAGGCAACAAAUCUCACAACCUCAGAGAAACUGGUCCUCAAGGUCCAGAAACCAGCCAAUCCCUGGGAGUUUUACAUCAACUGUCAAUUAAACGUGCGGCUGCACCAAAGCACGCGUCACCUCUUUAACAACAUCUAUUCUGCUCACCUCUUCACGAAUGGCAGCGUUCUUUUGGGAGAGUUGCACAACUGUGGCACACUGCUGAACGCUGUAAACCUGUACAAGAGCCGCAGUGAGAAGGUGAUGCCCCAGCCUCUUGUCCUUUACUUCACUGUCUGUAUUCUGCACAUGGUGGAGCUGUUGCACCAAGCUCGCAUCAUCCAUGCUGACAUCAAACCCGAUAACUUCCUGCUGGGAGAAAGGUUCCUGGAAAACAAAUGUUUUGACCCCGAGAACCUUGACCAUGGACUUGCCUUGAUUGACCUUGGCCAGAGUAUUGAUAUGACACUCUUCCCAGAAGGCACUGCUUUUACAGCCAAGUGCUUGACCUCCGGUUUUCAAUGCACGGAGAUGCUGAGUGGAAAGCCAUGGAACUACCAGACAGACUACUUUGGGAUUGCAGGCACAGUAUAUUGUAUGAUAUUUGGAACAUACAUGCAAGUGAAGAAUGAAAAUGGUGUAUGGAAAACCAAUGGAGUGUUUAAAAGGAACCCCCACUGUGAUUUAUGGCAGGAAUUUUUCCACACCCUGCUCAACAUACCUGACUGUAGCUCUUUGCCUUGUCUGCGCAGCCUGCGCACUCAGUUCAACUCUGUCCUGCAGCAGAACUAUGGCAACAAACUGCGCAGUCUCAAAAACAGACUGGUAGUGCAGCUUCUGGAAGCCCGGUCAUCCCGAAGAUAG